AUGCUGUCUGGUUAUACGACACCAACAAAGCAACCUGGAUGUCGACAAACUUGGGAGGAUUGGGUCUUUGCUGAGUCUAAGCUACGAACAGCGAUUGUUUAUUUCAUUCUCGCAUCUUGCUAUGAUGUCGACUAUGGUCUUCCAUGUGACCGUGACAUUGAUCAUGAGUUCGGCGAGAUUGAGCUUCCAGCAACGAAGUCUCUUUGGGAAGCAAUCGAUGAGAUUUCAUGGUACAAAAUACUUGACCUUGCUAUCUCAGGGCAAGAUCGUGCCCACCCGGUCGAGAGUAGCGAAACAAGGCUAAACUAUACUAAUUUAGUAGAGCUGAACAAGUUCCACAGUGGCCCCGAAUGCCGCGCUACUAUGGAGUGUGAUCUAGGUCUCAAAUAUCAAGUUGAAAAAUGGUAUAAGGAAAUGGACGAACUGGGAAUGCUUGUCUCACUGUGCAGUGUCAUGAGUGAUUAG